CGCAACCGCCCGAGCCCGGCCGGUCCCAUCAUCGACGCCAGUGUGCAUUAUUACGCCCCGCCAUCAGCCGGCCGGCAACUCGACAGGGAAAAGGAAGACGCACCGCUAGAGCUGAGAUGUCCUUCUUCUUCCGCAUGGCGUCGCGGCUGCGGCCGUCGACGCCGGAGGAGGUGGUGCGCUCCAUCAAGGACUCCUUCCUCGCGCUCCACACGCGCACCCACGCCAAGGCUCUGGAAGAGGUCGAGAAAAAUAUGUCAUCCUUGAGAUUGUUGAUCUUUGGUGAUGGAGAAGUCGAACCAAAUGAAGAGCAGGUCCUGCAAAUAACCCUUGAGAUUUGCAAGGAGGACGUCAUUUCCCUGAUCGUCCAGGAUCUGCCUUCCUUGGGCUGGGGAGUAAGAAAAGAUCUGGCUAUCUGCUGGUGCAUCUUGCUUAGGCAGAAGGUCGAUGAAACUUAUUGCUGUGUGCAGUAUCUUGAAAAUCAUCUGGAGCUUUUAGAUUUCCUUGUUGGUUGCUACAAGAACUUGGAUAUUGCAUUGAACUGUGGAAAUAUGUUAAGAGAAUGCAUAAAGUACCCUACACUUGCAAAAUACAUAUUGGAAUCUGGUAGCUUUGAGCUGUUCUUUGAGUAUGUUGAGCUUCCAAACUUUGAUAUUGCUUCAGAUGCUCUGAACACCUUCAAGGAUCUGCUUACCAAGCACGAAGUUGUAGUCGCAGAGUUCUUGAGUUCCCACUACGAGCAGUUUUUUGAACUCUACUCAAGGCUCUUGUCAUCAACUAAUUAUGUAACAAGAAGGCAGGCAAUCAAGUUCCUUUCAGAGUUCCUGCUAGAGACUCAUAACUCUCAAAUAAUGAAGAGAUACAUUGUGGAAGUUCGUUUUUUAAAUAUUAUGAUCAAUCUACUAAAGGUUAUUGUGCAUGCAUCAUCACAGGUGAAAAUCUUUUGGGAUUCAAGCAAAAAUAUCAGAAUAUGUGCCUUCCAUGUUUUUAAGGUAUUUGUUGCCAAUCCGAACAAGCCUCGAUGUAUCGUUGUAGCUUUGCUAGACAAUCGUAGAGAAGUUCUGAAGCUACUCCACAAUCUUCCUUCAAGUAAAGGCGACGAUGAACUCGAUGAGGAGAAAGACCUAAUCAUUCAGGAAAUCCAGAAGUUGGCAUAACACAAAAGCAUCAAGUUAUCGUUUAGCAAUGCAAGACUCUCCUUAUAGAGGACAUAUUGCCAAGGCCAGAACCAUGUAUAUCACAUUGCACAUGUAGCCUUCAAGAGUUGUAUUUUUGGAGGUUUUUUCUUUUCUUUUGGUCUCAGAAAACCAUAGCAAAGUAUUCUCUUUUUGAAGGAAUUAUAUACAUGAUUUUGGUGACCAAGGACCGUUGGAUUAAUUGAGCUAGACCCAUAACUAAUCUAGCAAUGAAUUAAAGAAUUCUAAGGACCAUGUUGAAAAUAGCAAA